UCAUGCUGCUGCCAGGUCCAGAGUCUCUCAUGGGUCCCUGUACGGCCUCCCAUUGCUGCUGUCUCCAUCGCCACACUCUGCCAUGUGCCACUUUCAGGUCUCCUCACACUGCUGGUGUGUUUAAAUUUUUUGACAUAGGGUGCUGGCAGAUUACGGGCCUCCCAUAGCUGCUGCCAGGCCCCUAAUCUGCCAUGGGCCCCUAUACCGCCUCCUCAUGCUGCUGCCAGGUCCAGAGUCUCUCAUGGGUCCCUGUACGGCCUCCCAUUGCUGCUGUCUCCAUCGCCACACUCUGCCAUGUGCCACUUUCAGGUCUCCUCACACUGCUGGUGUGUUGAAUUUUUUGAC